CAAGGAUAUGCUACGAAUGGUGGAUAACCAACUGAAAAAAUCCCCAAUUUCAAACAAUCAAAUUUCACCAAAUUCAACCAUUUUCAAGCACCCCAAAGUUCUAACUUUUCUAGAAAGAGAAAGUGAGCCUGCAAAAGGGCGCAAUUUUUUGUGAAGGAGGGUAAAAUAUGGCAGCAACUUAUGCAGGAACAUCGUCUUCAAUGGCGGCUGCAACAAGUGGGUUGCUUCCACGUGUCCACGCCAACCACUCCUCCCGCUUUAUAGCGUUGCCUUAUCUCCCUCCUCGUACCUCUACUUCUUCUUUGAAGAUCUUCUCCAACAAUUUGUCUGAGUCAAGGAGAUUUUCUUCACUUCAGGUCAAAGCUUCCUCAACAGACGAAACCUCUGUUGAUAGCAGUGAAUUACUUAGUGACCUGAAAGAGAAGUGGGAUAAUGUUGAGAAUAAGUCCACUGUACUUAUAUACGGUGGUGGUGCAGUAGUUGCAGUUUGGCUAUCUUCCAUUCUUGUUGGUGCUAUCAACUCUGUUCCUCUGCUUCCAAAGCUCAUGGAAUUGGUUGGGCUCGGAUACACGGGAUGGUUUGUUUACCGAUACCUUCUUUUCAAGACUAGUAGAAAGGAACUCGCAGAAGACAUUGAAUCAUUGAAGAAGAAAAUUGCUGGAACUGAGUAAAAUAUCACCUAGACUAGCAAUACUCAAAGUGAAGAGGAACUCGGUUCCCAAUCAUGUUGUAUAAUAGGCCAUAGAGCUACUCCUAUUAUGUAUCGCAAUUGAUUCUGUCUCCAGUUUUAGAAUUGGAAUGUUGAUAUGGAUUGGAUAAAUGUACAAGUUUUUAUGUAAUUCAAGUGGCUUUUUGUUG